AUGAACGUCAACUUCUCCUCCACCUCUCUCUUCACCAUCUACUCGGAGCUUGACCACGACGAGCAGGACGCGCGCCGCGCCUGGCUGCAGGACGUGGGCCGUGUUGUAAAGACGUCGGGCCCGCUGCUCCUCGCCAUCAGCGGCUCGGCGCUUCUGCCGCUGCCGUGCGCCUUUGGGCAGGCGGGCAUUCCGGGCGCCAGCGUACUCCUCGUCCUCACCGCCGCCGCCAACGACUACACGACGAUCCUCAUGGUCCGCGCGGCGUCGCGGCUCGGCGUCUCGUCUUACGAGGAGGCCGUCCUCGGGUCUGCCGGGAGGGCGGGACUGGUCGUGGCGCGCGUCUCGUUGGUGGUGCUCCUCUUCGGCACGCUGUGCGGCAAUCUCUCCGCAAUCUCAGAGACGGCCGAGCGCGCGCUCGUCCUCGCUGGCUGGACGCGGCUCGCGGCGCGACACGACGUCCUGCUCGCUGGAGCGACUGUGGUUGUGAUGCCGCUCUCUCUGCUGCAGCUGGGCGAGAUGGGGGGCAUCUCCCUCUUCGGUCUCGCGAUGAUGGUUGCGCUGCUCGGCUACCUCGCGCACGCCUGCCUGCACUCGCACGCGGCGCUCCGGCCCUACAUGCUCUCGCCGCAGCCCGCCGCGCUGCCGACCGCCGCCUCGACGUUCGGGUACGCGCUCUACGUGCAGCCCUGUGUGCCGCCGCUGCUGCGCUCGCUGCCGCCGGGCGAGCAGGGCCGCAAGACGCUCGAGCGCGCCGCGCACCUCACCUUUGGCGUGAGCGCGCUCUUCUACCUCCUCGUCGGCUGCAGCGGACUCCUCCUCUUCGACACGAAGACACCGCAAAACGCGCUGCAGGGCUUUGCUCACGCGAGCGAGCUCUACCGCGAGUCCCUCGCGGGAUCGCCGCCGCUCGUGCUCAACAUGCACACGGCGCCGGCCGAGCUGCCGCCGCUCUCCAACGCCCUCGUCACCGCCUUCAUCGUCGGCGCGGCGCACGCGGUCGCGCGGCUCCUGCCCAACGCCUCCGCCUCCAUCUUCGCCUUCACCGGCGCGACUGGCGUCGCGAUGGUGGCCUAUGUGCUCCCCGCGUGGACGCACAUGGCGGGCCCCCGCCGCAACCCGCGCCGCGCGCCCGCCACCGGCUCGAAUCUGCGCGCGUCGCGGCUGGAAGGGCGAACCUCUGACUCAGGCGGGCCGGCCGCUCGGCGCAGGAGGCGGCGGCCGCAGAUACUGCUGGCGCUGGUUGUGUGGUUGGGCCUCUUUGUCUCCGGGCUCACGCUGAGCGAGGUG